AUGGACUCCCUUCUGAACCGGAAGCUAUUCAGAGUCUUCAAUCAAGACUUUAUCGUCGAUGAACGGUAUACUGUGACCAAAGAGCUCGGUCAGGGAGCUUACGGUAUCGUUUGUGCUGCUCAGAACCAUACUACUGGUGAGGGUAUCGCGGUGAAGAAGGUUACCAAUGUCUUCUCGAAGAAAAUUUUAGCAAAGAGAGCUUUGAGAGAGAUCAAACUCUUACAGCACUUCAGAGGGCACAGGAAUAUUACAUGUCUAUAUGACAUGGAUAUUCCAAAGCCAGAUAACUUCAAUGAAGUUUACCUUUAUGAGGAAUUGAUGGAGUGCGAUCUCGCUGCUAUCAUCCGGAGUGGCCAACCAUUGACCGAUGCUCACUUCCAAUCCUUCAUUUACCAAAUCCUUUGCGGUCUUAAAUAUAUCCAUUCGGCCAACGUUCUGCACAGAGAUCUCAAGCCCGGAAAUUUGCUCGUCAACGCGGACUGCGAACUCAAAAUCUGCGAUUUUGGUCUUGCAAGAGGUUUCUCCGUCGAUCCUGAAGAGAAUGCAGGCUAUAUGACUGAAUACGUGGCUACGAGAUGGUAUCGUGCGCCGGAGAUUAUGUUGAGCUUCCAAAGCUAUACUAAAGCCAUUGAUGUUUGGUCGGUCGGAUGUAUUCUGGCUGAGCUUCUUGGGGGUCGUCCUUUCUUCAAGGGUCGCGACUACGUCGAUCAGCUCAACCAGAUCCUUCACUAUCUCGGAACUCCCAACGAAGAGACACUAUGCCGCAUAGGUUCCCCGCGUGCUCAGGAAUACGUCCGUAAUCUUCCAUUUAUGCCUAAGAUCGCAUUUAACAGGCUCUUCCCCAACGCCAACCCCGAUGCCCUCGAUCUCCUCGACAAGAUGCUUGCAUUCGACCCAUCUGAACGUAUUACAGUCGAGAAGGCACUUGAGCACCGAUAUCUUCAGAUCUGGCACGAUCCAUCUGAUGAACCCACUUGCCCCGCUGAAUUCCAGUUCGGUUUUGAAGUGGUCGAGGACAUCCAGGAAAUGAAGAAGAUGAUUUUAGAUGAGGUUGUCACUUUCCGUCAUACUGUUAGAAAACCGGCUGGACAGGCUGGUAGUGACACUAUUAGUGUGGGAAUCCCAGAGAGACAAGCUACUGGGCAAUAUGGUGAUCAAGCACCAAGACCGCAUGAGGCAGGGACUUAUGUUCCAGACGGGAAUGCGGCGCUCGAGGCGGAGUUGGCUGGUGGAUUGGAUGGUCGACAUGCGUACCAUUAG